GGCAGGGGCAGGGAUGAGGGGCAGUCCGGUUGCCAGGAAGCAAACUCUGGACACAAUGGGGGCUGGGGGUUGGGGUGUGUAAGCCGUGCAGGUCUAGCUACCUCGCUUUGCUUACCAAAGUCGGGGACGGCCACAGCAGGUCAGUGCCUCUCAGGGCCUUCUUGCGAAUGCUGGGCACCCGGUCGGGCCUCACCCUCAAGCCUCCCGUCCCUCGCCACGAAAACUCGAGAAUUCCCUUCCCCAAGCCGAGGCUCCAGAACCGGUGCGGGGUCCGCGCCCGCCGGCUCCUGGGGGGGCAGCCGGCGGGGUCAGGCGCGCCGCCCGGCCCCCCCACGGAGCCCAGGAACCACUGUUUGUUUUCCCAGCACCCGGGAUACCGGAUGGGCCCCGCCCCAGCUGAUCCGCCGCGGUUCGGGGAAGCGCGGACCCCGCGAGUCCCAGGUGGAAGGGCGCGGGCCGCCACCCGCCCACGGGCGCUGCGGGUCCUGAGCAGCCCCGGCCCGCGCCAUGGGCUCCGACACCUGGGUGGGCCCCUGGAGGCCCCACCGGCCCCGCGGCCCCAUCGCGGCCUUCUACAAAGGCCCGGGGCCCAAGUACAAGCUGCCCCCCAACACCGGUGGGCUCGCGGCGGGGGCGGGGCGGGGCCGCGGGAGCGGGCGAGGGGGCUCGGUCCCGGGGGCUGCGGGCGGGGCUGGGAGGGGCGCUGGGCGGCGGGGGGGGGGGGGCGCCAGGGCCUUGACGCGGGGUCACCCCGCAGGCUACGUCCUGCAUGACCCGUCGCGCCCGCGCGCCCCCGCCUACUCCUUCGGCGCGCGCCUCCCCGCGCAGCAGACUUCGUGCGGCCCGGGCCCCAGUCACCUGGUGCCCUCCGGCACGACCGUGCGGGGACCCGACGGCACCCCGGCCUACUCCAUCUACGGCCGCCUGCGUCACUCGGCGCCCUUCCUCACUCCGGGACCCGGAAGGUACUUCCCAGAGCGGGCGGGAAACACCGCGUACCCCAGCGCCCCUCAGCACACCAUCGCUCCCCGGAACUGGGGGGUCCACACGAAGCAGCAGACCCCAGGCCCCGGGACCUACAGCGUGCCCUCCCUGCUGGGCCCGCGCGUCGUCGGCAAGGUCUCCGCCCCGACCUACUCCAUCUACGGCCGCAGCGUGGUGGGCAGCUGCUUCGAGGACCUCAGCAAGACGCCGGGCCCGUGCGCCUACCACGUGGUGAACCCGGGGGUCUACAAGACCCGGGCCCCCCAGUUCACCAUGCUGGCGCGGACCGCGCUCCCCCAGGACAGCACCCUGAAGCCCGGGCCCGCAGCCUACCACGUGGACCAGCACCGGAAGACUCGCGGCUGGAGCUUUGGGAUUCGGCACUCGGAGUACCUGGCUCCCCUGGUGACCGACGUGGACUGAAGCCCGCGGGGCGGGCGGGCGGGCGGGCGAGGCCCCACAGCCGCGGGCUUAAAGCUUCGGAGCCGGCCGCGUCCGCCUCUUUCUUUCCGCGCCAGGC